GUGCUUGGAGGUGACCUACCUCCCUAGGAUGCUGUGAGGCUUAGUGAGCUAAUGCCAUUGCUAUUGACUUCAACUGAAGACGACUGAGCAGAACUAGCUGGAGACCAAGUAUUACGUGGCACAGAAUCAACUCUACAACUAUAAAAUGGAUGCAUCAUGUGGGUGUCAUCUUCUAUGUUGCCCUUGGCACAGAGGAAGCCGGUUUGCCAAUCAAGGACCUCUAGGGUUUCCUGUCUUGACUGGUUCAAGUGGUUGAGGUCUUGAGGAUGAGAAUGGGAUCUGCAGGACUCCUGUGCCUGUCGUGCUGAAAGGAGAGAAGCCAGACACGUGUUGAAAGGCAUAACUGCAGCUGCCCAGUAUCUGCAGAUGAGGAGGGUCACGGUCCUGUGAGGAGGGGGCCUGUGCCACAGAGAUACCACCCAACUUUGCCCACAUGGCCUGGCGGUCAGUUUUGCUUGAGCUUAUUGAUGAGCUAUGGGAAGGUCAUUUGAUAUUCACAUUCUUGUGGCCGCAAUCUUGGGAAUGUGGCCGUUUAUCUUUAAAAAUAGCUGUGUGCUGGGAGGCCCAGAAACAGUGUCCUGGGAUGGAGGGGAGGUGCCAGCAGGGGAAAGAUGUGCAAAUUUCUUUCCAUGGAAGAGUCCCUUCAGCUCUGCGCCACGGGUAGAUGGAAGAGCUGGAGACCAGUUUAUUCCAGACACGGAAAGCACAUAGAAUAGAACAAAUGGUGGCAAGAUGGCUUCGGCGCUCCCGGGACAGCUCAGGCCGGGCUAAGGUUGCUGCAGCUGAUGGGCCCCCCAGGAACCCAGCUCAGACCCUCAUCCCUGUGCGGCACACAGUAAAGAUAGACAAAGACGCCCUCCUUCAGGACUAUGGAUUUCACAUUUCCGAGAGCCUUCCCCUUACAGUGGUGGCUGUCACAGCAGGAGGCUCUGCUCAUGGCAAGCUUUUCCCUGGUGAUCAGAUCCUCCAAAUGAACAAUGAGCCUGCCGAAGACCUUUCCUGGGAACGCGCAGUCGAUAUUCUCAGGGAAGCAGAAGAUUCUCUUUCAAUCACAGUUGUUCGCUGCACGUCGGGGGAUUAUAGGAGACUUUAUCCAAUGCUUUGCAAGAAUGAAGGAAUACUACUAUAUCCACAGAACCCUGGUCUACCAAUAUGGACUCCUAUCUUCAAAGGAAAAAUGAACUUGGUUGACUCUGACUUGUUCUUGGGAGUCCCUAAAUCGUCCUUCCUGACCGAGGAGAAGAGAGCCAGGCUGAAGACCAACCCUGUGAAGGUACACUUUGCUGAAGAAGUGCUCAUCAGUGCACACAGCCAGGGUAACUCUCUGCUGUGUAUGCCCAACGUGCUCAAGCUAUACUUGGAGAAUGGACAGACCAAAGCUUUCAAGUUUGAGGCAAACACAACCGUGAAGGACAUCAUCCUCACUGUGAAGGAGAAGCUGUCCAUCCGAAGUAUCGAGUACUUUGCACUGGUCCUGGAAGAGCAGUACAGCAUCUCCCGGCUGCACCUGCUGCAUGAAGAGGAACUCAUCCAGCAGGUGGUAGAAAGGGAGGAGUCACAUGACUACCGCUGCCUCUUCAGGGUAUGCUUUGUUCCCAAGGACCCCCUGGACCUCCUGAAAGAAGACCCCGUGGCCUUUGAAUACCUCUAUCUGCAGAGCUGCAGCGAUGUGCUCCAGGAACGCUUUGCUGUAGAAAUGAAAUGUAGCUCUGCACUCCGACUCGCAGCCCUGCACAUCCAGGAGCGGAUCUAUGCCUGUGCCCAGCCACAGAAGAUCUCUUUAAAGUAUAUAGAGAAAGACUGGGGAAUAGAGAACUUUAUAUCUCCAACUUUACUCCGAAACAUGAAAGGCAAAGACAUCAAGAAAGCCAUUAGCUUCCACAUGAAGAGGAACCAGAAUUUGCUGGAACCCCGACAGAAGCAACUUAUUUCUGCUGCCCAGCUACGUUUAAAUUAUCUACAGAUCCUCGGAGAACUCAAGACAUAUGGUGGAAGAAUCUUUAAUGCUACUUUAAUGUUACAGGAUAGAGAAUCCUACAUUGCCCUUCUAGUUGGAGCCAAGUAUGGGAUUAGCCAGAUUAUCAACAGCAAACUUAACAUCAUGUCCACAUUGGCAGAGUUUGCAAGCAUCAGCCGCGUAGAGCUGACAGAAGAGUCUGAGAAAGUGGGCAUGGUCAAAGUGUAUCUUCAGGACGUCAAGGUUCUGACUUUGCUGCUGGAAUCCAACAGUGCAAAAGACUUAGCCUGCCUGAUUGCUGGGUACUACAGGCUGCUGGUUGACCCAGUUACCUCAAUUUUCCUCUGGCCUGGAAACAAACAAGUGCACCGGGUAUCUGCAGAAGAAGGCUAUGAGUCCAGGGCCUGCAGUGACUCAGAGGAGUCCUCUGAGGUGGACUGCGUUCUCGAGCCUCUCUCCGACAGGCGCCUGGUGAAGCUGGGACCCUGCAGAUCGCUCAUAAAGGAGGAGCAGCCUCCUGGGAACAGCCCCACUCCUGAGGUGGCGAGGAAGGGCCCAAGCACCUGCGGGGCCAGCAGCAUGACAGACAGUGCCGAGUCUGAGGCAUCUGACUCAGCUAACACCGAGAGCCGCGGCUACAGGACCAGUGGCUCGAGCGAGUCCAUGGACGCUCUGGAAGAGGACGACUUAGACGCCUGCUCCUCUAGCCGGUCCGCCUUCUUCCACUUCGGCUCACCAGGCCUCCCAGAGAGCAUUGAUUCUGACAGCCAGGAGCAGAGGAGCAGGACUGAAACCAGUGGCUUCCUCUGCCUCCUGGACCUGGCCCAGAGAGCCAACCCCCAGUGCCAGAAGACAGAGUUUUCUGAGAGUGCCGCUCCGGAGACAUUUGGCUGGGCAGCAGAACUGAGCACAGUCAGGCUGGACCCCAGGCUGUAUGAAGGCAGCCGCGCCGACUACUACAGCCUGUGCUCCAGCGUCUCCCCGGCCAGCCACCUGAGCGACAGUUCUGAGAGCACAGCUUCCCGGCAAGGGGGCGCCCUGCCAGCCUGGGGUCAGCAGUGCUGGACUGAGGCCCAGUCCAGCUCCAUGCUGGAAUCCCUGGCCUUGCACCCACCACUGGCCUUUGAGGAUGGCAGCUCAGAUGAGGAAUACUAUGAUGCUGCUGAUAAGCUUACUCCCCCAGGCCCGCCCUCAGGACCCAGAGCUGUUUCUGCUGCAGAACCCAGUGCCACAAGCUUGCAGAACAAAGCCAGUGCUUGUAGUCCUGAGAACAGCCAGCCUUCUGGGCCAGAUGGAAGAGAGACAAGCAGGAGGGGAGGGGUGAAGAAGUAUGCCAAGACCCUGAGGAAAAGAAGGUCUUUCCUACAGACCGACUAUACCUCUCAGGUCUCAUUUCCCCUGGUACCAUCAGCCUCCCUGGAGAGUAUAGAUGACGUGUGCUACUAUGACAGGGAGCCCUACCUGGCCCUUGGUGCACCCUCCCCAACUGUGUCCUCUCUGCAAGACAUGCAGGGUGAGCCUGGCCUUCUGGAGACCAAGGCCUUGGGGCUGCUGGCUCCCCUGAGGGAGACCAAGACCUCAAACCCAGCUUCCAGGGUCAUGGAGAUGGAGCCCGAAACCAUGGAAACCAAAUCAGUCAUCGACUCUCGAGUGUCCUCUAUUUCUGCCAUUCGCUUCCGGAUUGAACCCAGCAGUAAAGAGAAUUCUGUUGCCAGCUCCUCAGCAAGCACUCCUCACUGUUCUAACCCAGGUUCAUCUGGCCCAGAUACUGCUCGGGCCAGCCCUUCCCAAAUACGAUCUCUAUCUCAAGACCCGGAUAGCAGUGACCCCAAAGAACUUACCAUAGAGCACGGGGACCCUAACCCAGACAGAGUCUGCUUGGCCAUCAACCCGGGGUUACUUAAUGUCUCUCAAGGAGACACACUAGAGCUGGGACAAGUCCAGCUGGAAAUGGGAUUGGAAUCUUUUUGUACAAAUCAUAUACAAGAAACUGCCCCCAAAUACACAGAGCCCUUGUUGUCUCCUGGAGAUGAGCCUAGAAGUGAUGAAUGUGGAAUAAAUCCAGGAGAGAAGAUAGCUUCUAUCCCUACAAAGGAAGAGCAACAAGGACAACUAUCUUUGGAAAGAGACAGAGAAGUUACAAACAAAAAUGGCACCGACAUAUUUCAGGAAGAAUCUAGAAAGGAUUCAGGUGACUCCCCAGCUGAUGUGUCAAAUAAUAUUUCACAGACUCUUGAUGUUAGUUCUCCAGCUGGUAAAAUAGUAACCUCCCUUUCUUUAGAUGCUCCUGUAACAGGGACUAAGCAGAUCCCACCACAUCCCCCUAGAGACCCUCAAGGACAAAGCAGUGAAACCCAAGGGCAAGCCUGCCAGGCUCAAGAACAAAAACUAUUAGUAGAGUUGGAUUUAGACCCUGAUUUCUUUCUUGGGAAGCAGACCAUGUCAUCAGCCCUCCCUACAGAGGGGAUCAAAGUAGGGGAGAUCACACCUAACCAUGUGACAGGGGAAGAUACAGCCCCUAGGGACACCCCUGAGUGGGUCUGUUUUAAUCCCAGGCCUUCCCUGCCAGAGCCAAUACCGUGUCUGCAAGAGGACCCUCACUUAGAAACUUCAAACCAUUGCUUACUCUCAGAAAGCAAAAGUGACAGCUCUAGCAUCUGCCUUCCUACUGAGAAGUCUUUUCUGUGCUUUGCCCCAGAAAGCCAUCCUGAAGUCUCUGCCAUCAGGAUGGCCACAUCUUUGGGUUUUGCAGGCAUGAAUGAGAUGGUGGCUCCCAGGAUAGGGAUGGAGCAGUGCAGCUGUCAGUUCUCCUAUGCCACGUGCUUCCGUGGCCCACAGCCUGAGACAGAGGAAGAAGACAGGGACUUGGAAACACACCCCACAGCCCCCCUUACCUCACCACCCUCUGCAGGAAGCCCGAUGGUUCUGCCCUGGAGGCCUGCCCGAGCCCACAGCUGCAGCACCACACCCCUGUCGAGGAAAAGCCACAUCUGGCCAGAGUACUGCUCCAGGGCACUGAGACAGCUGAAAGCCACCCCUGCCAGAACCCCUGAGGGCUUCAUCCAACUAAUGGAGAGCUUGCUGGAGCUACAAGACAUUUUAGAAACUUCCUGGGGGGUUGGAAACAAACAUCCCCCAGAGAAGUGCACCUGGUACUUUACCGAAAGCCGGAGCCGCCUCUGCAUGGGCUCUCAGAAGCUCCUGUCGAGCUGUCAGCAUGUGAUCAGAAUGGACCAGUCCCCUGAAGAGAUGCAGGGGGCUGUGCGUGAUACCUUCCAGCACCUGGUCCAGCUGGCUGGCCUGUGCUUUCAGUUCACGGACUGUAGCCGCUGCUCUACCCGGCACAGGGAGGCAGCGGGGAACCUGAGGGACGUGGUAUAUACCUACCAUCAGUUUGUAGAGGCCGCUAAAUCCACCUGCGAGAGAGGCUACCACGACCUGAGUGUGAAACUCUUGGCCCGUCAGUGCACAGCCCUCACAGCCGCUGUGUUCUGUUUGACCCAGAAGUUCCGGGCAUCCACGGCCUUGUAAGCAGGUCAACGGCCCAAGGGCCUCCUGCCUUGUUCUGCCUUGGACACUUCCCUGAGAAGCCCCUUCCACUCUCCCACCACCCUCUUCAAAUGUUUACUAUAUAGAAUAUUCAAAUAAACUGCUGCUUAAUCUUG